AUGUCUUUGAACACCGUUGUGAAGCCAACUAUUUUUCGGGAAUACAUUGGUCCCAUGUCAUGCCCGGGAUUACAUAAUUUCCCUGACAUAAUCAAUCCAGAAAUAUCUGAAUUCCACUUCAUUCUGGCCUUUGCCACAGAGGAUUAUGGGUGCGAUGGAAGAGGCACUGGAAAGUUUCAGGCGACUUGGAACGUGCAAGACUUUAGUACUGAAAAAAUCAAGGAGCUGAAGAAAGAGCAUAAGAAUGCAAAGGUGGUAAUAAGUAUCGGAGGUCGUGGCGUCGAAUGUCCAUUUAAUCCUAUUGAGAAACAAAAAUGGAUUGACAAUGCCAAGUUUUCGCUCAAAAUCAUCAUCCAAGACUACAAGGACCCAUGCAGCUGCAUUACUGUAAUUGAUGGAAUUGAUAUUAAUUAUGAGCAUAUUAAGUCUGAUGACUUUGUUGAGUGCAUUGGUGAAGUUAUAGAAUACCUGAAGAAGGAUGUACUAAUCAAUGUGGUGUCCAUUGCUCCAUCAGCUCCCGUGCUAUCGCAAUACAAGACAUUGUACAAGGAACAAAAAUGCUACAUUAACUGGGUCGAUUACCAGUUCUAUGAUCAGUGUUUGUCCUCAAAGUGUGAGUUUGAAAAGUUGUACCGUGACCUAUCCGAUGUCUUCAAAGAUAAACUCUUAGCAGGAUACAGCACUGAUCCAAAUGACAAGGAUAAUCAGAUAUCACCAGAGGACUUUCUUAAGGCCUGCGAAGACCUCAUCAAAUGCCAAUUCCUCCCUGGCAUUUUUGUUUGGAAUGCUAAUUACUCCGCAGAUGAUCACCCUCCUUUCUACUUUGAAAAGUUGGCUCAAGAGCUCCUCACUAAGUGUGAUAAGGAGUAA